UCUUUUUUAUAAUUACAGAACGUAUUCCAUAUGAAAAACUUGUGCGAAUAGCCAAAUCGAGGCAACUUCUACGCGCGUUCAUUAAAGAAGUUAAUCAUAAGUACCAAAAAAAUCGUCGUGAACAACUUCACGAUGAACUAAGAUUUCAAUUACCAAUGACACCUACAAACGACCGAUCAAUUAGACACGCAUCGAGCCCAAGUUCGGGUUAUGAAAGUGCUGUUGACGUAUCCGAUCUGGAAUCGGUUCAGAGUCUCCGUAUACGACAAAGUACACCAACAACAACACAUGCAAGUAAAUCUAAAAGCAAAAAAAGUAAAUCUAAGCCAAAAGGCGAGUAUGUGGUGGAAUCUAUUGAGAGUAUGGAGUCACAUCAUUCGCAACCGUUAUACUUUGUCAAAUGGAUGGAUUACCCACCAAGCACAAAUACAUGGGAGCCAUUUGCUAAUGUAAAAGAGUGUCAGCAUUUAAGCAUAUUCCUUGAAGAGGAACUAACAAAAUACGAGGAAACAAUAGACAUCAUUAACAGUUCGAUUCAUAAAGAAAUCGAGGAAAACAAUGAAGUACUUACGGCAGCUGACGUGAAUGUAGGGGAUUUAGAUGGUUUUGAUAUAUUGGCACAUCAGUCGGAUUUGGUUUUACUGGCGCAAUUUAAAUUGUCUGGAUCGAAGAGCAAAAUUGAAUCGGGCAAGAUUAGAGAUCGCAUAAAGAAGGCAACUUUAAUGAAACCUUUUAUCAUGCAACGCAUGCAACAACUGAGGGAUAUCUCCCGCUGGGAGAUGAUGGUAAACGAGAUUGAAGACGACGCAAAGGUGACUGUAGAGAACAAGGCUGACUUUGACGUGCCUGAUCCACUAUUCAACUAUAUCAAGAACAGUAUUGCUGGAAAAGGAGUAAAUAUUAUGGACGAUCCACCAAUUGGUUGCAAAUGUGAGAGUUGUGAACCAGGCUCGGCGUGUUGCUCGAAAAUGGCUGGAAGCAAAUUCGCUUAUGACAAAAGUGGACGACUUAGAAUACGUUCCGGAGAGGCUAUCUAUGAAUGCAAUAAAUUAUGCCAAUGCGGUCCAGAUUGCAUCAAUAGGACUAUUCAGCGUGGACGAAAGGUUUCGCUGUGUAUUUUUAAAACGAACAAUGGCUGUGGUUGGGCCCUUCGAACAAAUAGCGCCAUUCGAAAAGGUGAAUUUAUUUGUGAAUACGUUGGUGAGAUUUUGCUGGCGGAUGAAGCUAACGAACGUGGCAAACAGUAUGAUGCUAUUGGACGAACAUACUUGUUCGACUUAGACUAUAAUACAUCGGCAGAAAGUGUGUAUACUAUUGACGCAGCGUUUUACGGCAAUGUAUCCCAUUUCAUUAAUCAUUCAUGCGACCCAAAUUUGGCAGUAUUCCCAGCAUGGAUAAAUUGCUUGGACAUCAAUAUGCCAAGAUUAGCGUUCUUCGCAAUAAAACCAAUUAAGGCCGGAGAGGAAUUGACUUUUGACUACAUCUGCCGUGACCACGAAACAGAUUUAAAAUAUGAAAAUCUAUCAGAGGCGGAAAAGGUUGCUUGUCGAUGUGGAGCAGACAAUUGCCGAAAGGUUUUAUUUUAAUUUAGUGCAUCAUUUAACUACUAAGGUCGUGUGUAAGAAUUAUAUUGUUAAAUUGCUUAAGUUUUCAUAACAAAUUAACUUUUUUUUUAACCAAACGAAAAUCAUACAUUAUUCUUUAUUAAGAGUUUUAGUUUGAGGUAAAUGUGGUUUGACUUGUUUAUUUUUUUUUGUUUUUAGCAAAACUAUUAGAUAAUUGAGCAUCUAAAUAUAAUUAUUUUUCGUUAUACUUUUUUUCAAAAAAUAACAAUAAAAACUUUUUUA